GAAAAGAGUACAAGAAAAAAUAGUUUUUUUUUUUUUUUUUUACUUUGCCAUUUUACUUUAUAUAUCAUUCUUUACACACCCAAAUCUCUCCUUUUUUUCCCCUUUUUUUCUCACUUUCUCUCUGUUAGUAGAAAAAUAAAAUUUGUUGGCUGUUUGCUAAGCUUUGUUAGAGAAAAAAAAAAAUGAGGGAAUCCUAUCUCCUUUUCACACUGCUACUUGUUUUACUUCCUUCCACCCUGCAUUUCCAAGCUCAUGCUGCCCCUGCUGGACCAUUGGUGAAGCACUUGUCUUCUUUACUUAAAUGGACCAGGUCUACCACUAAAGCACCCCAAUCAGAUGGCAAUGUUCUUCAAUUUGAGAAUGGGUACUUAGUUGAGACUGUAGUUGAAGGCAAUGAGAUAGGAGUUGUUCCUUACAAAAUUCGGGUCUCAGAGGAUGGAGAAUUAUUUGCUGUUGAUGAAGUUAAUAGUAACAUUGUUAAGAUUACUCCACCAUUGUCUCAAUAUAGCCGUGGAAGAUUGGUUGCCGGGUCAUUUCAAGGUUACACGGGGCAUGUGGAUGGAAAGCCAAGUGAUGCUCGUUUCAAUCAUCCCAAAGGUGUAACCAUGGAUGAUAAAGGGAAUGUAUAUGUUGCUGAUACCAUGAAUCUUGCCAUUCGAAAGAUAGGAGAUGCAGGUGUCACAACGAUUGCUGGAGGCAAAUCAAAUGUUGCAGGAUAUAGGGAUGGGCCUAGCGAGGAUGCAAAGUUCUCGAAUGAUUUUGAUGUGAUAUAUGUUCGACCGACCUGUUCGCUGUUAGUUAUUGAUAGAGGAAAUGCUGCUCUUCGACAAAUCUCACUUAACCAAGACGAUUGUGAUUAUCAGUAUAGUUCAGUUUCUCCCACAGGCACUGGCCUUUUAGCAGAUAUCCUAAUGGUUCUUGGUGCUAUCUUGGCCGGCUAUGCCACAUGCUUACUUCAGCAAGGAUUCGGACCUUCUUUCUUCCCAAGAAUGCAACCUUCCGAUAGAGAAUUCAAAGAACAACCAAGCAAGGAGAAGUUGACUCCUAUUGUCGAUAGCACGAAAGAAGUACCUGGGUGGCCAUCUUUUGGCCAACUUGUCGCAGAUCUUUCUAAGCUUGCACUUGAAGCAAUGGGAAGCAUAUUCCUCUACUUUGUCCCCUCUCGUUUUCAACCAAAUAGCUCAAAGAAAGGUCUUACACCAAUGAAGGAUUCUCUUCUAAUGCCUGAAGAUGAAGUCCCCCCUCCGUUAGUUCAAAGGCAGGCCACUCCAGCACCCAUUUCUGAAACCCGGCAGACGCAUACGACUAAUACAGCUGAUAAGUAUUCGGAAAUGAAGCCUCCGAAGAUAAAGUCAAGCAGUUUUAGGGAUCCUUCUUUGUCUAGCAAGCACCGUUCCUCCAAAAGACAAGAAUAUGCCGAGUUCUACGGGCCUGGCGAGGUUCCACCUUACACUAGGUCUAAGACCCAGAAAGAAAGAACAAGACAUCGCCAACGAGAUAAAACAGCCGAGGUGGUUUACGGAACAGGUGGGGCAGAUCAAAAACCUGUUGAGACAAAGCCAGUAGAUUACGAUAACUCAAAGUUCGAUCAUUACAACAUGAGGAGCAAAUAUGGAUCCAGUGAUUCAUUCCGGUUCUGAACUAAACCGAACAAUGUAUUCAUCUUGCGUAUGCAUCAACCGUAUUUUACUUACGCCAGUCUGUAACUGAAUCAUAUAUGUAUUAGCAGUACUUUGUACCUUAGAGGUCUACUCAGAUGAGAAUUGCAAUUUAGCACUGGUUUUUUUGGUCGCCGACUGCUGUAACGUACAGAAGGUUCGAUAUCACCUGCAUGUGGCUGACUAGAAUGAAGCAUUGCGUCGAGUAGAUAUGGAUUUUGGAAGGGAACUGAUCAUUUGUUUAAAGCUAGUGGUUAAGAAACUUCAUUAUUGCAGAGAACUUGAUUUAGUGUAAACUAGUUUCUAUGUUGUUAAUGCAGAAGCAAAUUGAUCA